AUGCAGAAUAUAUCACGAUUAAAAAAGUCGCCACCUCACAGACCAUCUGAAAAUAUGGACAACUCAAUCAACUUAACUGCAUCAAGGAUUGACCUCAUGACCUUGGAAGAGCUUAGAGACCCCAAUCUCAUUAGCCGUUAUCCCCCACUUUUUCAAAGAAGGCAAAAUUACGUGGCCGUAGAUGGAAACUUACAAACCAAGUUUGGUUGUUUACUCACCCAGCAGCAGCAAAACAGAUCCCAGGUAUAUGAAACAACACAUCUGUAUUUGUUCAACCGUCCUCCACAGCCAGUAGCGGAGGAGCUGCAACAGCAGCAACAGCAGCUCCCAGUUAAACCCGACUCAACUCACAUCCAAAACAACGAGACAACGACCAAAAAAUCACACAGAAGUCUCACCACCUUUUUCAAACAUCAGUCUAGAAGAUCCAAACAAUUAGAACGACAAGAAACAUUGAGGAGAUCCAUCAGCAAACCAUACCUUCAAACCAAAGAUCAAAAAGGGAAUCCUAGACCAGGACCAGUGUCGGAGCAAUCAUCCCAAGAGCAACUACAGCGGCAGCAGAAGCACUUAGACACGACGGAGCCAAUUUACGUUCACGCAUUAUAUCCUUAUAAAACCAAACGGUCAAUAAAGAUCAAAAAGGACGUAGCAAAAUCACCAGAUGAAUUCGAAAAUGAACACACAAAAGCAGCAAUGUCUCCCAAUGCAAUACGCCGCACAAGGAUGAUCCAAAAUCAGCGUUUCACAAAUUUACCUGGACAGCAAAUGUCAGCUAUAAACAGUCUAAUUGUACCGCCAGUGGAGUCAAGCCAAGUCAUCGAUAACCCUGCAAAUUAUUCGAGCGCAAUUGUGCAUCCCAACAUGAGGCAGGAUGGGCUGAACGGAAGCAAUAGACAACAAGCCGACUUUAUACGGUAUGACAUGAUGAAUUUGGAUAAUGGCAAUGCUUUAUCACCAAUAAUUGAUGAGUCUGAAUAUCCUUCGGCUCAAGGAAGUCACCAGUACCAGCAACAGCAACACCAAUGUAGUAAUAACCAGCACAGUAGCAACUUGAACGAAGCUUUGAUAUCAACAUCUAAGUUUAUUGUGUCCACAAUGAGUGACUCUGAUGAGAGCUACUAUAGCUUCGAGGAUGAAGGGCCACGAUUUACCACUGUGAGUAGCCCAGGUGAUAUUCGCAACCAUGUGCAAUCCCCACUGCAUCAUCGUCAUCAUCAAAUUCGUCAAGUUUCAUCACCAUUAUACCGGUUUAAUGGUAAGCCCACGGCAGCACGGUAUAAUGGAGGCGCUUUGAAAAUUGUUCGUGAACACUACUUGAGAAACGAUAUACCAUGCUAUUCAUUAGCUUGCACUCAUUGUCAAGAAAUAGUCAAGCCAGACGCCAACGGCAAUGUCCCUAAAUUCAUACUAUCUGCCAAUCCGGCCAAAACUACCCAUGGCAAACCCCAUUAUGUCGUAUUGGAUACUAAUAUUGUGUUGCACGCCAUCGAUUUACUUGAGAGUACGCAAUGUUUUUAUGAUGUAAUUAUCCCACAAACUGUGUUGGAAGAGGUCAAGAAUAGAUCUUUUCCAAUAUAUCAAAGGUUGAGAAACUUGGUCAAGCUGGAAGACAAGAGGUUUGUUGUGUUUCACAAUGAAUACAAUGAAGGUACAUAUGUCACUAGGGAAAAGAAUGAAUCAAUCAAUGAUAGAAACGAUAGAGCUAUUCGGAAAGUUGUCGCAUGGUAUCAGAAACAUUUGCCUGGUAUUGAAAUCAUAUUGGUGUGUAAUGACAACGGUAACACAAGCAAAGCAAAAAGGGAAGACUUGGAUGUCAUGUCCUUGAAUAAAUAUCUUGAUUGCUUGCCUAAUGGAGAGGACUUGAAGGAGUUGAUACCGGCAGACCCUGGUACUUUUGAAGGCAAGAAGGGAGAAGAUGAGGCUACGUUCCCAGAGUACUAUUCAAAUGCCCGUAUUAUGGCUGGCAUCAAAAAUGGAACAUUGUACCAAGGUAUUUUGAACAUUUCGUCAUACAACUACUUGCAAGGUGAAGUUAAUGUGUCUGCAUUCAAGAAACCGUUGUUGAUCCAAGGCUCCAAGAACUUGAACCGUGCCUUCAACUCAGAUUCGGUUAUUGUGGAGCUUUUACCCAAAGAUAAGUGGAAAGAACCUUCAACAACAAUUAUAGAAGAGGAGUCUGUUGGUGUCAAUGAUAACCCAGACGAUGGUGGAGAUGAUGAAGAUGACAACGUUGCUUCUGAAGGUGUUGUGUCGGAUAAGGAGCGUCUUCUUUUGGCGCAAGAAGCAAUGAAGACUACAAAAGGAUCAUCAGAGGAAAAAAGGCUUCAACCCACUGCGAAAGUUGUUGGGAUUGCAAGAAGAUCUUGGAGGUACUAUGUGGGACAAAUUGCUCCUACAUCAGUGAGCCAAAGUGAUUCAGGAAACUCGGCUAAAAACUGUUUUGUCAUUUUGAUGGAUAAGACAUUACCAAAGAUUAGAAUUAGAACUAGAAAAGCUAAAGAAUACCUCGGACAAAGGAUAGUUGUUGUUGUCGAUUCGUGGCCUAGUGAUUCCAAACACCCUAAUGGGCAUUUUGUUAGAGCUUUAGGUGAAGUUGAGAGUGCUGAGGCUGAAACUGAAGCGCUUUUGUUGGAACACGAUGUUGAGUAUAGACCCUUUUCCAAAAAUGUUUUGGACUGUUUGCCCAAAGAGGGUGAUAAUUGGACUGUUCCAGAUAUUUCCAAUACUGAUGAUCCACAACUACAAAAGCGAGUUGAUCUUAGAGACAAGUUGGUGUGUUCGAUUGAUCCACCAAAUUGUGUUGAUAUUGAUGAUGCUUUGCAUGCGCAGAAAUUACCCAAUGGGAAUUACGAAGUUGGGGUUCAUAUUGCUGAUGUUACCCAUUUCGUUAAAGCUGGAACAGCAUUGGAUCAAGAAGGUGCAUCAAGAGGUACUUCAGUCUAUCUUGUGGACAAGAGAAUAGAUAUGUUGCCUAUGCUUCUAGGUACAAAUCUUUGUUCGUUGAAACCAUUUGUUGAUCGUUUUGCAUUUAGUGUUGUUUGGGAAGUUGAUGAAGAUGCAAAUAUUGUAAAUGUCAAGUACAUGAAGUCCAUUAUAAAAUCAAGGCAGGCUUUCUCAUAUGAACAAGCUCAGUUACGUAUAGAUGACCCCAAUCAACAGGAUGAGUUGACGAAUUCGAUGAGGAUUUUAUUGAAGUUGUCAAAGAAAUUGAAGCAAAAGAGAUUAGAUGCUGGUGCUUUAAACUUGGCUUCGCCAGAAGUGAAGGUUCAUAUGGAUAGCGAAACUUCUGAUCCACAAGAAGUUGAAAUUAAGAAAUUGUUGGAGACGAAUUCACUUGUUGAAGAGUUUAUGUUGUUUGCCAACAUUUCCGUCGCUAGAAAAAUAUACGAUGCUUAUCCUCAAACUGCAAUGUUGAGAAGACAUGCAGCUCCACCGGCAACUAAUUUUGAGACAUUGAACGAUAUGCUCAACGUACGGAAGAAAGGUCUUUCGAUCUCGACAGAAUCAUCAAAAGCAUUGGCUGAUUCUUUGGACCGCUGUGUGGAUCCAAAGGAUCCUUAUUUCAACACAUUGAUUAGAAUCAUGUCCACAAGAUGCAUGAUGGCUGCUGAGUAUUUCCCAUCAGGCUCGUAUGGGUACCCUGAAUUCAGACAUUACGGGCUAGCUGUUGAUAUAUACACCCAUUUCACCUCCCCUAUUAGAAGAUAUUGUGAUGUUGUUGCACAUCGACAAUUGGCUGGUGCUAUUGGAUACGAGAAUUUGGACUUAAGUCAUAGGGAUAAGAACAAGAUGGAGAUGAUUGUGAGAAACAUAAACAAACGUCAUAGAAAUGCCCAGUUUGCCGGAAGAGCAAGUAUUGAGUAUUACGUUGGACAAGUGAUGAGAAGUAAUGAAGCUGAACAUGAAGGGUAUGUGAUCAAGAGUUUUAAUAAUGGUAUUGUGGUGUUGGUACCCAAAUUCGGUGUUGAGGGUCUCAUCAAACUCGAAACCAUGGGUGAUGUAAACAAUGCUAAUUAUGAUGAAGAUAAGUAUGAGUUGACAUUUACUGAUCAUAAUGGAAAGAAAAGAACUGUUGGUGUAUUUGAUAAAGUCAAAGUUGAUGUGAAAUCAGUUAAAGAUGACGUCAGUGGAAAGAGAAAAGUCCAACUUUUGCUCAAGUGA